AUGUCGUCUAAUGUCAGCUUACCAGACUUUGAUGAGCAUCAAUUUCUGGUGAACUCUCUUCAGACCAAUCUGCCACAAUCCAGAGCGAAUACUCAAAUGGAAACCACGAGCAACGACUAUUCGGUAUAUCAUCAGCAACAGCCGAUCAAUAUGAUGGGAGUACCUAAUCAUCAUUCUGAGAAUAUAUUUGAGCCUAGUUUUGGAUACGCUACAUUGUCGCCUCGAUCGUCUAGGUUGGGAUCCGGCGCAACAUUUUCAACGGAUUUUGGCUACCUUGCAGCGGACACAACUGACCAUAAACAGUACAACUGGCUAUACGAUUCUAUGGAUGCGUACAUGCCAACCAUGAACAACGUAGACGGAGACUUCCUGGUCAAUAGUUUAAUGCAACAGCAACAAGACAGCUGUUUUACAAACGAAGCGAUUGAAACGGCGAUAGGAGGAAUGUCUUGCAAUUACGUAUCAAUGAAUGAUGUAAAUUCACUUGUAUCUGAUAUAGAUUGUAAAAACUUUAGCGGCCAACCAACGAGGGUAGCUAAUGAUAAGCAUCAGAUGGUGGACGAGAAAAUGUCAGCUCCCUCGUCCAAUAGCCCACAAUAUUCCUCCAUAUUUUCAUCCAAGAGUGGUUCAGAUACAUCAUUAUCACCAAAACACACUCGAUCCUUCUCAUCGUCUGAGACAUCCAACAAUUCAGAUGAAGAUUCCGAAGUCGAUGACUUGUUCAGUUCCAGACAGUCGGAUAUGUUUACGGCCUGGAGGAACCCACCUGCUCAGGAUAAGAAAAUUUUCAUCAAGAUCAAAAAGUCUCAAAGCUCAGGCACCUUGAACAGCAAGUCUCUUGGUCAGCGAAAGUUAUCCAAAAAAUCUUUCACAAACUUAUACCUCACCUCUGUCAAUCAAGCUAAAAACAUGGGAAAACGAACUGACAAAGCUCGAAGAAAAUUUGAGUCUCCACCCCACAGUGCUCGAUCCACCUCCUCCCUGGCAUCCUUGACACAAUCCUCCAAUGCCCUAACCCUCUCUGAUUCUAUCACUCGCGAUUUGGCUUGCCAUGGUGCUUCAGAAGAAGAAGAAGAGGAUGAUACCCCUUAUGUUGACGAUGAAGAUGACGAAGAUGACGACGACUACCGUCAUGCAACCGCUAUUUCAACCCACAACCAUAGCAAGAAGGGCCGCAAUGUCGACAAAGCAUGCAACCAUUGCAAGCGUUCCCAUCUUCGCUGUGACGAUAUGCGCCCUUGUAAACGCUGCGUGUCUACAGGAAAGACUGGCUGCAAAGAUGUGGAGCAUAAACCACGUGGCCGCCCAAAGAUCCACAAGAAAUAA